AGUGGAUGAGAAGUAUCGUCUGGUAGCAUUUAGCACCUAGCCCGGCACGGGACGAGUAGAGUAUUUAAAUCCCGAUGACGAGUCGCCAUAAAGUAGACAUUUGCUUUUUAUGUGAUUGUCGUCCGAGUGUACAGAGGCUGUCAAACUAAAUAUGUGUGUGGGUGGUUGACUUUCAUCAGCCCUUUGGUCAGGUGAAGUCAUGGCUGACGACCCUCAGAGAAAUUUUCGCUCUGCUUAUUAUGAGAAAGUUGGCUUCAGAGGGGUGGAGGAGAAGAAAUCUUUAGAAAUACUACUCAAGGAUAAUCCUCUCGAUCUAGAAAAGUUGAGCACCUUCAGUCAGAGGUUUCCCCUCCCAUCCAUGUAUAGGGUCCAUGUGUGGAAGGUUUUGUUAGGCAUCUUGCCGCCUCAUCGUGACUCUCAUACCCUGGUUGGAAACUACAGAAAGGAGCAGUACGAGGACAUCCUGGAGGCUCUGGAAGUGAUGAGAUACAUCAACUCGUCCACCCCGUCCACCCUAGUGUACUUGCGUAUGUUCCAGCUAGAGAGUCAGGUGCUCCCACGCUGCUCUGAAACCUCGCCACCGGAUGAAGAAGACAAGGACUUCCUGUGCAUCAGUCGAGCGAUGGAGGAGAUCGUAGAUGACCCUUUUGACUGCUAUUGGCUUAUAAAAUAUUUUAUCAGCCAGUUCCAGACCAAGUUUGGAGACUCAAUUCCACAUCUUCCAAAAAGCCUGGAGCACUACUUGAGUCAAGAAGAGCCUCGCCUGCUAAGCCAUUUGAAGAACAGCGGCUCCUUGGCACAACUUCCAUACAACCUCUGGUUUAAGCGCUGCUUUGCUGGCUGCCUGCCUGAGUCAAGCUUGCAGAGAGUGUGGGACAAGGUGAUCAGUGGCUCCUGUAGGAUCUUGGUGUUUGUUGCUCUGGAGAUCCUGCUCAGCUAUAAAAUUAUUUUGCUGGGAAUCAACCGACCAGAGGGCGUGGUCAAGUUUCUGUGCAAUAUACCGCAGGAGAACACAGAUGCCAUCGUGACUAAAGCUAUUGACCUAUGGCACAAAUAUUGUGGGACUCCUUUGCAUUCCAUGUAGCGUGCGAGGAAAUCCGGUUGGUGCCGUCCCGUAAUUGAAAAGCAAUUAACUUGUCUCAGGAGACACUCCCAAAUAGACAGUGCAUGACUGAAUAAAAAAAACUUGUUAAAACAA